AGCUUUGACUUCGGUUAAUUCCAUUUCAUUUCACGUUUGAACGAAGAUGAUGAAUAAAUUCAAAAAUGGUUUUCUUCCAUUGAUGAACCUUCAAUUUCAACAUCGUGGCAUAGCAAAAGUACGUUUAAAAUGGGUAAAAAAUCGAAGCCUCGAUCACAUAAUCGACAAAGAAACCGAUCUAAAAGCUGCAUCACUUCUCAAAGACGCAAUCAAACGUUCCUCCACCGGUUUCCUCACCGCCAAAACUUUCUCCGAUUGGCAAAAGCUUCUCGGAUUAACCGUUCCCGUUCUCCGAUUCAUGCGCAGGUAUCCAACUCUCUUUCACGAAUUUCCUCAUCCUCGUUGGAAUUCUCUUCCUUGUUUCCGAUUAACCGAAACCGCGGAACUGUUAGAUUCACAGGAACAAAGCAUUUACACUCUUCACGAAAACGACACCGUUGAGAGACUCUCUAGGUUAAUUAUGAUGACGAAAAAUCGUACUGUUCCGUUACAGUCUCUUUAUCCUCUUAAAUUUGAUUUAGGUUUUCCUGAUUCGUUUGAGAAAACAUUAAUUCCUAAAUAUCCUGAGAAAUUUCAAUUUGUUAAGGCUUAUAAUGGUGUUACCGCGAUUCGUCUUAAGGAUUGGUGUGAUGAAUUUGCGGUUUCGGCUUUGCAGAAGAGUAAUGAGUGUGAGUGUGAGAGUGGGAGUGAUCAGUAUAGAGAGUUUAAGAGAGGGAAAACUGCGUUGGUUUUUCCGAUGAGGUUUCCGAGAGGUUAUGGUGGUCAGAAGAAGGUUAGGUUUUGGAUGGAUGAGUUUCAGAAAUUGCCUUAUAUUUCGCCUUAUGCUGAUUCUUCUAAGAUUGAUCCGAAAAGUGAUUUGAUGGAGAAGCGCGUCGUUGGGGUUUUGCAUGAGAUUUUGAGUUUGUGUUUGCAUAAGAAAACUAAGAGGAAUUACUUGAGAAGUUUGAGGGAGGAGUUGAAUCUUCCUCAUAAGUUUACUAGGAUUUUUACUAGAUAUCCUGGGAUAUUUUAUCUUUCGUUGAAGUGUAAAACGACUACUGUUACUCUUAGAGAAGGUUAUGCGAGGGGGAAAUUGAUUGACCCGCAUCCACUUGCUCGUCAUAGAGAUAAGUUUUAUCAUGUGAUGAGGACAGGGCUUCUUUAUCGUAGUGAUGGAUCAUUGAAACUUGGGGAAGAUGCUUUGAUGGUUGAUUCUGUGGAGAAUGAUGAAAUGCGGGAUGGGGAUUCUGAGGAGGAAGAAGUUGAAACAAGUGAUGAAUUCUCCGAGGAUGAAGUUUCAGACUCGGAUGAUAGUGAAUGAGGUUUUGUUUUCAAUGACGCGGAAUUAUAAUUUGUAUUCCUGAGACAAGCAAUAUUGAAGAGAGUAUUUGCUCUCCACCAAACUGGUUGGCAACUGAUAUAAUGGGAAUAUGAUCAUUAUAGUUAGAGAUUUAUUCCUAGAAGCACAGACAUGGUAUUCCUUCCUUCUUUGGGCAUAGUGUCGAAAGAAAAUGGUAUGUAUUUGUGCGAAUGGCUUUAGUUUAUCUUUUUAAGGCCGGCUUGUUGAAUUUUUUUUUGUAAUUUUAUGUUGUACUAAUUGAUAGUACAUUGAGAUUAGAAUAUUGUUACAAUUUUGUUAACAUAACAUUGGCCCUUAGGACUGAUGUAGAGGAUGCAAAAUUAAUAACUAUUAGAAAGAAAUAAUUUAUAAUACCAAGGAUACAAAAGUGCA